UGAUCAAAGGUAAUCCUCAUUGCUCUUAGUUUGGUUUUGAAUUUUUUAGGAGAAAUUAUUUUUUUAGGGGUUGAUGGUGCAACACCACUAAAAAUCUCUAUUCGUAUUCAAACCAGAAUUGAACCCAUUUUAGUGGAAAGCUAGAACUGUAUAGAAUGUGCGUACGAUCCUAAUAUAGGAUGUGUAUAGACGUGAUGAGUGCCAUAAACUAAAGUGUGGUAGUUUUUAGUUAGAUAGGUUGUCCCUUAAAAUUAUUAGGGUGCUAAAAUGGAAAUCUAUAGAAUCGUUGCAUGCUUGACACGUUUCUAACAUGAGAGCAGCUGAGGGUAUUUUAGUCUUUUCUUCACUAUAAACACAAUAUAAAGAGACAACACUCAUCUUUCUUGUAAAUUCCGACUCUCUCUUGUUUUGCAAUUUAAACACCCUGUUCUUUCCUAGCCAACUCCAGUGGAAGAAUUUUUGUAUGGUGAAAGCAAAAUCGAACGUUACUCGUCCUCCGUUUUCGGUUAAGGAACGCAAAGAGUACGAAGCGGGGUUGAGGCAGUAAGUUUGGGAAGAGCUUGCAGCCAGGAGCUUGAGAAAAAAAUGCCUCUGAAGACUUUGAAGCUUAAAGGUGUUGCUUCAGCGACAAAUGGUGGAGCCAAGAAUACCGUUAUGGUAAAACAUCUGAAAUCAUGUUGUGAGCACUUGGCGCAAACCGCACAUACCAUAGCCGGUGCCAUUGGGAACCAGAAUCAGUUGCGACCUAGUAGUGUUAUGGACUUAAAGGAAUUCAGGAAAGUGAUUGGUGACCAAGUAUUUAAUGGUAUGGAAGAACCCAUAGAAGUUGAAAGGUGGUUAAUGAGUAUACGAAAGGAGUUCGAUGCACAUUUAGUGGUUGAGGAAGAUAGGGUACGCUUUGCUACGUAUAUGUUUCGUGGUAGUGUAGAUGAUUGGUUGAAUUCAGAAAAGCGAAUGAGAAAUGUGAUGGAUAUGUCAUGGGAACAGUUUGAAGAUUCGUUCCUUGACAAGUAUUUUCCUCCUACAACAAGAUCCUUGAAGUGUGCCGAGUUUGCAGUGUUGAAGCAAGGAGAUAUGACUGUCACACAACUAGAUAAGAAAUUUAGUGAGCUAGAACGUUACAUGAGACACUUGGUCGAAACGCCGGAGUUGAAGGCUCGAAAACUUGAGGGGUGCUUUGAAGGCUGUGAUUCGUGAUAGAGUUGUCGCAGUCGGACUAAAGACAUAUAAAGAGGUUCUUAAUUCUGCAUUAGCGGUUGAGGCUAGCUUGAUCCAAAGUCAGAAAGAGAGAGAAGAGCGAGACCAAAAGAAGAAGACUAGGGAGUGAGAUAGAAAUUCAUCACCACAAAGGAAGCGCCCACGAACUGACAAUGCAACCAGGAGAGGCAAGGGGACUGAAUGUUACCGUUGCGGAGAAGAUGGCCACUAUGCUAGAGAUUGCCCUCUAUCGCCAGAUCAGAAGCCGCAAAUUGUAAACCAAACUCACAAUCAAAAUGCUUAAAGGCAGAACUUCGAUGGGAAGCAACAACAUUAUCCACGAGAAAAUGCUACUCCUUUCCAGCCAAAACAACGUCAACCCAAUGCACAAGGAAUUGUUCAAGGGAAAUUGAACCACUUCGUCGAGACUAAAGAGGAAGCAGAGGGCCCUGUGAUCAAAGGUAAUCCUCAUUGCUCUUAGUUUGGUUUUGAAUUUUUUAGGAGAAAUUAUUUUUUUAGGGGUUGAUGGUGCAACACCACUAAAAAUCUCUAUUCGUAUUCAAACCAGAAUUGAACCCAUUUUAGUGGAAAGCUAGAACUGUAUAGAAUGUGCGUACGAUCCUAAUAUAGGAUGUGUAUAGACGUGAUGAGUGCCAUAAACUAAAGUGUGGUAGUUUUUAGUUAGAUAGGUUGUCCCUUAAAAUUAUUAGGGUGCUAAAAUGGAAAUCUAUAGAAUCGUUGCAUGCUUGACACGUUUCUAACAUGAGAGCAGCUGAGGGUAUUUUAGUCUUUUCUUCACUAUAAACACAAUAUAAAGAGACAACACUCAUCUUUCUUGUAAAUUCCGACUCUCUCUUGUUUUGCAAUUUAAACACCCUGUUCUUUCCUA